CAAUAUUUUGUUAAAACUAAAAAUUUCUUCCGGGAAGAAUAAACUUUCAGACCUUUUCGUCGCUUGCGAAAUAACUUGUCGAUGGUUUCCCAUCUCCCAUUACUGGCUUCAAAGCCCACUUAAACACUCUCUAGCGGAAUUCAUAUUAAAACAAUCUCACGCUUCUUUGUGCGAAUUCUGUAUUUUUUGACUUUUUCUUUUUGGAGCUCGCAAUAACUAAACUCACUCCUCGACUAGUAUAAACACCAAGCGUUAAUAUUACAGUCAAAAAAAAUCAUAUUAUUACAUUCUUUUACUUCAUUUUUUAUCUAAUUUAUAUCCUUAUUUUUUUUAUCUUUAUUUCAUUCCUUUCCUUGUUCAUUUGUUAGCAAUUAUUGUUUAUAAGAUAAUAAAGUUAAUUAUAGAUGUUUUCAAUAUCAAAAAUAAAAUUGUAUAUGCUCGUUUGGUUAGUGUGUAUAACAAUAAUAUUCAUAAAUAUAACGCCGGUAACAGCACAAGAAAAUAAAGGUAGUUCGUCAUGUAUACCAUGUGAUGUCGUUCCAACAUGUCCUCCAUGCGGUAAAGAUUCAAAAUGUACUCUAUCAUUAAGAACAUGUUUUCAAUGUCCACAAGCAAGUUGUUCCAAAUCAUCAUCAGACUUAGUGGACAAUAAUAAUAACAGCAAUAACCAAGGAAAUAAAAUUUUAUUGCCAGCGGUUAUUGGUGGUAUUCUUGGGGUUGGUUUUUUGACAGCAAUAGGCUAUGUCUCCUUUGUACGGAGACGAAAAGCUCGAAAUAAUAGGGGUAUUAAAUUAGAUAGUAACGAAGAAAUGACGUCAUUGAAUGGAGAAAAUGUCAUUCCAAUUGCAUAUAUUCCAUCAACUACUCCAACGACACCAACCACUCCUAUACCGGAACCAUCAUAUCUAAGAAUACGAGUUUCUAAUGUUAGCGCUGGAACCACACCGUUAGCCAGUCCCUUACCUCGUAAUCUACUCGAUGAACAAUUAAUUGAUAUUACAGAUGAUGAUGAUACAGCUCCUGAUAUUGGUACAAUAUUGCAAGCGACAAAAACAUCACCUGCAGCUUCUACAGCUACUCUUGUGACAGCAACACGCGCCAAACCAGCACUUGUUCGGCUUAAUACUAUAAAACAAGCAACAAAUAAAGAAAUGAGUUCUACUCAAUCUACGAGAAGUGAAAAUAGCAUUCCUAGUACCCCAAAGACACCUAUGAAGAAUACUUUCUUAUACGCUCCUUCAAUAUCAUCAGUACCAAGCAGUCCAACUUCCUUAAGAAUUGGUGGUGAUUCCGAUACUGAACAAAUGAUGCCUCAUAUAGAUAUAGAAAGACCAUCAGCGGAAUCUUUUCGUGUUACAAAUCCAAAUCAAAACACGACGUCACAAAAUCAAAAUUUAAAUUCGGCUGCAUUAGAUCCAAUAGAAGGUCGACAAUCAUUUGGAUUAUUUGGUAGUGAUGAAGUAUAUAGUAACGAUCCAUCAUCACCUCAAUUACAUAGAGAGAGUAUAAUAAGUUCUUCGAGCUCAAACGGUAGAAGUACAAUGUUUUCAGAUGAUGGAGAUGGUGAGAUCAUGAUCUUUUGGGGAGGAAAUACACCAUCUUUUGUAAAUGUAGCAGGAGGGGAAGUUAAAGAACCUGGAAAUAACGUAGAUUCAACUAAAAAAGGCCAGAAUGAGGAAAUAAAAACGAAGGAAUCCAUAUAAAAAAAAAUAAGACGAAAAAAAGUUACAUAAAUAAUUAACAUUUAAGGAUGAUAAUUUUUUAAUUUAAUCCGGAAUUGUAUAGUUUUUCCUUUAAUUGUUACAUAUAUGUGUGACUUGGUUAACUGGAGUCACGAUUUCAGAUAUAUUCGUCGGGGUUAAAAUAUCUUGGGUAUAAAUAAGUAUAAAUAAAAAUAAAAAAUUUAGAUAGGCUAGCGGGUUCUAGCUAGUUUUCUUAUAGCUUGGUUCAUCUAAUCGUCUACAGUAAUUUAAAUGGUUAAGAGUUAUAUACAGACUUUUUUCCUCGGAACACAUUUCAAUUUUUCUAUUAUACUAUAUUUUUUAAUUUCCAUUCUCUUAUGCAUCACACUCAACAUUCACUUUUUUUUUAAUUGUUUUCUUGCACUCAAUUUUUUACAUUUGUUUUAUAUAUACAAAAGUUCGAGCAUUAAACGGAAAAUGAGAUAUAUAUAUAUAAUAUAUAUAUAUAUCACUUUUU